AUGAGCAGUUCAUGUUGCAACACUGACAACUGCACUCCUAAUACUCCCACAUUGCCAACAAUAAGCUCUAACCCCAAUGGACUGGUCUGCAGAUACUGCGCAUCCGUUGACUCUACCUGGUGUCACACCGAUGAUACAGUACAAUGCACUGGGGAGCAGAAUAUGUGUCUUCUCCAGACAACUCAUGUGUCAGGAUCAGUGUCAGCCUCAUCAGCCAUCCGAGGGUGCGCAACAAAGUCUAUCUGUGACCUUGGCAGCCAGUCCGCAAGCGCUGGAGGAGUUACAACCGAUGUUAAGAUUAUUUGCACCAACAGUGGCCUUAGUGUCCAUAACAUUGUCCUGACUCCGGCCAUUGUGUGUCUUCUACUGCUGAAACUGUUCUUCUAA